UCACCUUAAAAUCAAAGUGAUUGAUUGAUCGAUUUAGUUCGUUGAGAAUUAUCAAUAACAAUAAUCAACUGAUCCAAUGUCUAUGUCAAAAAUCAUCAAAGAUCAAUCACCAAAAAUGAUGUCGACUGGACAAUAUAGUGAAACAAGUAGUGGUGAUAUGUAUCUAGAUAAUCGUUAUCUAUAUGCUCGUAAUAGCAAAGCAAUUGGUGUAUUAUGGGCAGUGUUUUCACUUUGUUUUGCUAUUAUAAAUAUGGUUGUUUUUGUACAACCACAAUGGUUAGGUGAUACAGCUACAUCACGUGGUACGGGUUAUUUUGGUCUUUGGCGAUCAUGUCGUUUAUUACAGGAUGGUCAAGAUUUAAUCUGUGAAGGACGAUUAGAUGAUUUUAGUACAAUACAAACACCUGCAUUUCGUGCAGCAACCGUAUUUGUUGGCCUUUCAGUUUUUCUAUCAUCAUUAUGCGUAUUAUCAAUGGUAUUAUUCUUUUUUCUUCAUUCAUCAACCGUAUUUCAUGUUUGUGGUUGGAUUCAACUUUCAUGCGCCAUUUCAAUGUUGGUUGGUGUGUUAAUUUUUCCGAUUGGCUGGGAUACACCGAUUGUACGUGAAGUUUGUGGAAAUGAUUCGGAUAGCUAUUCAUUAGGUCAAUGCGGUAUUCGUUGGGCAUUCAUUUUGGCAUUGAUCGGUGUUAUCGAUUCAAUAGUUUUGUCUAUAUUGGCUUUUGUACUUGGUUCACGUUAUGUUAAAUUAUUGCCCGAUCAUUAUCUACCUAAUGGUACAAAAUAUAAAGGAGAAGUAAAUUCAGCAUUUAUGAAUCCGGAAUAUUUACCAAAUAAAAAACUUAUUGGUAGCCUACAAAAUCAAAUGAUAAGUAAAUCGUUACAUGGAUCAUUAUCAUCGAAUGGUUUAUCACCAGGUUAUGGUCCAUUAGGAUCAUUAAAUCAUCAUCAUCAUCAUAAUAUUCAUCCUCAUCAUCAUAAUGAAAAUCAUCAUCCAAAUCCACAUUCAAAUCAUCAUCUAAACGAAAUGGAACGUUAUUCGGAUUAUUCACAACGAACCAAUCGAUCAUCAUAUAAAUCAUCAACAGCAAUAGCAAAUCUUCAUCAUCAUCAUCAUCAUCAUCCUCAUGUAACACCGAAACAACAAUCAUCACAACAUCAAUCACAACAAUCAUUGCAUACUGCUUUAUCAAGCCAUCAACAACAUCAAACACCAACUGUAGCAUCAUCCGCUUCCGGAACACCAAGUCAUCAUUCAUCAUCAUCGAUGGCAAUUAAUCAGUAUAAUAAUUUUUGAUUUGAACAAUAUUUAAACAAAAACAAACAAACAAACAAAUUUAUUCUUUUUA